AUGCGUUUCUCUGCCGUCGCCGCCGCCUCUACCCUCGCUGUCCUCUCGCAGGUUCAGUACGCCCCUGCUCCCUUCGCCGUUGGUAUCGGAGCCGCCCUGGGCAUGAGCGGAGCUGCCAUUGCCACCGCUGACGGAGCCCUCGCUACUCUGGGUAGUGGUGCCAUCGCCGGUGGUGUCGGCCACAUCAGCCGUCGCAUGACAGGAUGGCCUCUCAAGUCCAAGCGUGUGGAUCUGCCCGCUGGUGUCUCCCAGGAGUCUUGGGACCAGUGCCAGGACCAGCUGAACGGUGAUGGUGUGAAGGUUACUAUUUCCGGAUCCACCCCUGACACCGUCCACGUCGCUGGUGUUCCUCCCGCUUGCAUGAACCUCGCCUCUGUCAUCACUGGCCAGCCUGCUGGUAGCGGUGGCCCUAUCCCCAUCCCCAUGGGCUCUGACAGCCUCGACUACCGUGGUGUCUCCGAGGAUGACCUCCGCAAGCUUGGUCAGGCUCUUCAGGACAAGGGUGUUCCUCUUCCCAAGGCCAACUAA